GAAUAAUUUACGUCUCUGUUGUUUGUCUCUCUACUACUAGAGCGGUGUCUUUCUCUAUAUUAAACACUCUCAUGAGUUUGCAGCUCACAUUUUGUAAUUAACGGUCCUGUACUUGUAGCACAGACCUAAAUACUCAAGCAUUUUCUUUGCGAGAGCAGUCAUCAUAGUGCCUAAAAAGAAACACGUAGCACCAUAGCAAACUAAAGAAAACACUAUGAGUGAUUCACUUAAACACCUCCGCGAUACAUCGGAAGCCAAGGGCGGGUUUGCCGAUUCCGCUGACCAGUCCGAAUGGACAGCACAGAAAUGGAUCUGGGUAAAAGAUGAGGCAGAUACCUUCAUUGCCGGUAAUAUAACCGAAGACAAGGGAGAGACGUACAGUGUGCGCCUAACUAAUGGAAAGGUAGUUGAGAUCAACAAGAAUGAUUCCUACAAAAUGAACCCACCCAAGUUUGAAAAGGUGGAGGACAUGGCCGAGCUCGCAUACCUUAACGAGCCGGCAGUACUGGACAACCUCACCAAGAGGUACCAGUCCAACCUCAUCUACACAUACUCUGGUCUUUUCUGUGUAGUGGUUAACCCCUACAAGCGCCUUCCUAUCUACACACCCGAUGUGGUUGAUAUGUACCAGGGCAAACGCCGCCAGGAGAUGCCUCCCCACGUCUACAACAUUGCCGACAGCGCCUACCGAAACAUGCUCAAUGAUCGCGAGAAUCAAUCCAUCCUGAUCACCGGCGAGUCUGGUGCUGGCAAGACUGAGAACACAAAGAAGGUCAUCCAGUACAUCGCCGCUACAGCCGCAGGGCCUGACAAGGGUAAGGGCCAGCUGGAGGAACAGCUUCUGCAGUGCAACCCUGUACUCGAGGCCUUCGGUAACGCCAAGACCAUUAAGAACGACAACUCGUCGCGAUUCGGAAAGUUCAUCCGCAUCGAGUUCGACCGAUCAGGUCUCAUCUCCGGUGGAAACAUCGAGACGUAUCUGUUGGAGAAGUCACGUGCCGUCCGCCAGCAGAACGACGAGCGCACGUUCCACAUCUUCUACCAGCUGUUGCAUGGCGCCACGCCCGAGAUGAGACAGGAGCUUCUGUUGGACUCAGUUGAUGCCGUGCCCUUCCUCUCAGAUAAAGCAUCCUCGAGUGUUGAAGGUGUGGAUGAUGUUGCCGAGUUUGCCAUCACCACUGAGGCUAUGAGGGUUGUAGGCAUCAACGACGCGGAUCAGACCGAGGUCUGGCGCACCCUCUCAGGCAUCAUGAAGCUUGGACAGAUGAAGUUCACCCAGGACCGAUCUGACCAGGCCCAGAUGCCCGAUGACACUAUCGCCGCCAUGGUGUGCAAGCUGUUCGGUAUCCCACUGUCCGACUUCACCAAGGCUAUGCUUAAGCCCCGUAUCAAAGUGGGACGUGAUACCGUCACCAAGGCACAGCGUGCCGAUCAGGUGGUGAGCUCCAUCGAGGCCAUUGCCAAGGCCAUUCACGAGCGCACCUUCUUGUGGAUUGUCAAGAAGAUCAAUGCCGUAUUGGACACGCGUCGUGCUGCGUCGAGUUUCAUCGGUAUUUUAGAUAUCGCGGGUUUCGAGAUCUUCAAGGUCAACUCCUUCGAGCAGUUGUGCAUCAACUUCACCAACGAGAAGCUGCAGCAGUUCUUCAACAACCACAUGUUCGUGGUGGAGCAGGAGGAGUACAAGAAGGAAGGCAUCGACUGGCAGUUCAUUAACUUCGGCCUUGAUCUGCAGCCGUGCAUAGACCUUAUUGAGAAGCCCAUGGGCGUGCUCGCUCUGCUUGACGAGGAGUGCCACUUGAUGCCUCGCUCGUCCGAUUCGACGCUAGUUGAGAAGAUGGACAAGGCGCACUCCGGUAAGUCCGAUAAGUACCGCAAGUUGGGAGGCAAGAUCAAACGUGACGAUGUCGGGUUCAACUGCCAACACUACGCCGGCGAGGUCGAGUACACGUGCGACGGCUGGCUGACCAAGAACACGGAUCCGCUGAACGACAACAUUACGGCGUUGCUGUCCCAGUCUACCAACCCCUUCACCGCGUCUCUGUGGGCGGAUAUGGUCUCGCACGACACCACGCGCUCGCGCCGCGGUGGCUCCAUGCGCACCGUGGGCCAGAACUACCGUGACCAGCUCAACAGCCUCAUGACCACGCUGCGUAACACCACGCCUCACUUUGUGCGGUGUAUUAUACCGAACCACGAGAAGAAGGCCGGCAAGAUCGACCAGGCCAUUGUGCUGGACCAACUGCGCUGCAACGGUGUGCUGGAGGGUAUCCGCAUCUGCCGCAAAGGGUUCCCUAACCGCAUCCUCUUCCAAGACUUCAAGCAGCGAUACGAGAUCCUCACCCCAGGAGCCGUGCCAAAGGGCUUCAUGGACGGCCGCAAGGCGUGCGAGAAGAUGAUCGAGGCGCUCGAGCUCAGCGCGGAUGAGUUCCGCAUUGGCUCGUCCAAGAUCUUCUUUCGCACCGGCGUGAUUGGUCAGCUGGAGGAGCAGAGGGACGAGAAGCUGUCUGCGAUGGUACGCCAUCUACAGGCACACUGCCGUGGACUUCUGGCGCGCCGCCAAUACCGUCGCGCCACCAACCACGAGGUCGCGGUCAAGAUGAUCCAGCGCAACUGUCGCAAGUACCUCAUGCUGCGCUCGUGGCCGUGGUGGAAGCUGUUUGUGCGUGUACAGCCGCUGCUUAAGGUGACCCAGGAGGAUAACCUCAAGAAGGAGCUGGAAGACGCCAAGGCGUCGGCUGAACACAGCGCCAAGCGCGAGCAGGAGCUGCAAGUCCAGUUUGACGAGUUACACAACGAGAAGAACGGACUCAAGUCUGACUUAGACCGUGUGCAAAACGAGCUAGACUCGUGCAACGACAGUAUCGACCGCUUCCAGACACGGUCUGAACAGUUGCUCAAGGAGGUGGAGGGUCUAGAAGACCAGCUGGAGGAGGAGAGUAGCCGGGCCGAUAACCUCAUGACGGAGAAGAAGGCGCUCCAGGCCAAGCAGUCGAUUGUUGAGGCCGAGAUGGCCGAUGCUCAACAGCGCGCAGAGAAACUUGCUGGCGAGAAGGUUAGUCUGGAGGAGAAGCUCUCCGCGGUUGAGACUGAGUUGUUAUCGGAGAAGGAUGCCAACGAAAAGUUGACCAAGGACAAGGCGUCGCUCGAGUCACAGCUCAGCACACGCUCUGAAGAGCUUGCAGCGGCCGAGGAGAAGUACAAGUCCCUGUCCAAGGCCAAGAGCAAGGGCGAUGGAUCGCUGGCAGAGAUCGAGGAGCGUUUGGCGACCGUCGAGGCCGAGCGCAGCGACCUACAGACGCAGAAGCGCAAGAUCGACGCUGAAUUGGCGACGCUACGCGACCGUGUCGCUGAGCUGGAGAAGCAGGUGGCGCAGUUACAGGCGGAGGUUGAGCGCAAGACCGCUGAGGUGGCCGCCACACAGGAGCAGCUAGACGCGGAGAGCGAGAAGGUGUUUGCGGUGCAGAAGGAGAAUCGCGAACUUACCAGCCAGGUCGAGUCGCUCCAGGAAGAGCUUGAGUCUGAGCAGAGUGCACUCAGCAAGCUCAAGAAGGAGAAAUUGGCGCUCGACCUACUGCUGAAAGAGUUGGAGGACCGCAUGGAGGACUCUGAGACCUCUGGCAACGCCCAGGCUGAGAUGAGAGCCAAGCGCGAAGAGGAGCUGCAAGGCCUCAAGACAAAGUACGAAGAAGCGCAGGCCAAGCACGAGGAGGUUGUUGGCGAGCUCAAGGCCAAGCUGCAGGCUCAGCGGGAGGAGCUGGUGGCUGAAGUCGAGCAGCUACAGCGCAACAAGAGCGAGUUGGACAAGAACGCCAACGCGCUGAGUAGCGAGGUCGAGGCUCUCAAGGAGUCGCUAGAUAGCGAGGGCAAGUCGCGUGCGGAUAGCGACAAGAAGAAGAAGUCUCUGGACGCGCAGUUGUCUGAGACGACCUCUAUUCUCGAGGAAACCACGCGCCAGCUCAGCGAGACCAGCGCCAAGGCCGCCAGUCUAGCGGCCGAGGUUGACGCGCUCUCUAAGAGCCUGGACGAGAAAGACCAGGCCUUGACCAAAGCCGAACGCGACGCCGCGCAGGCACGCGCCAAGGUGGACGACCUGACCACCACGCUAGAAGACGAGACGCGCCAGAAGCUCAACUUUCAGUCCAAGCUCAAGCAUGCCGAGGGGUGGACGGAUGAGGCUAAGGAAGCCCUGGCCGAGUGCGAGGAGGAGGUAGCCAACCGUGACCGACAGGUGUCGUCGCUCAAGGGGCAGCUGGACGAGCUCACCAACCGCUUCCGCACCGAACAAGGCAACGCGGAAAACGGCGAGGCAGCGCGCAAGAACCUCAUGCGCGAGGUGGAGGAGCUACGCACGAGCGUGGAGGGAGGCAUCGCGGCGCAGUCCAAGCUCAAGUCGACCAACAACCGCCUGCAGGGUGAGCUGGACGACGCCAAUGCCGCGGUUGAGACGGCCCAGUCUGAGGCCAGUUCGGCGCUCAAGAAGGCUAAGAAGUUCGACGCGCAGAUUAACGAGCAGAAGCAGUUGGCUCAGGAGAGCGAUGCGCGUGCGCGUAUCGCCGAGGCCGAGGCCAGUCGUCUGGGCACGGAUGUGUACUCGCUCAAGCAGCAGAUCGAGGACCUCAACGAGCAGCUCAUGAGCGCCAAGAAGGAGUCCAGCAACCUCAAGUCUGAGCUCGAGGAGUCUCGCAACAGCUCCAACAAGGAUGCGGGAUACGUCGCGUCGCUGGAGAAGGCCAAGCGUGUGCUCGAGGCUCAGCUCGAGGAGAUGCGCACAGAGAUGGAGGAGCUCGAGGAUGAGCUUCAACAGACCGAGGACGCUAAGGUGCGUUUGGAAGUAUCGUUCCAGGCCACCAAGCAGCAACUAGAGCGUGAGCUAGCUGAGCGUGACGACUCCAUUGAGGAAGGCCGCCGCGGUCUCAUGCGGCAGAUGCGUGACUUGGAAGAGCAGCUGGACGAGGAGCGCCGCGCCAAGUCUACCGUGGGGUCUAAGAUCACCAAGCUGGAACACGACCUGAUUGAGGCGCAGACCAGCCUAGACAUGGCUGAGAAGGGCCGCGAUCAGGCCGCGCGCGAGGCCAAGAAGGCCGUUCAGUUCGUGCGGGAUCUGCAACAGGAGAACGACAUGAGCUACAGCCAGAUGCAGGACGCCAACAACCAGCUACGCGAAGUCGAGCGCAAGGCCCAGAAGUACCACAGUGAGAACGCCAUGCUGGCGGUCGAGACGGAGCGCAACGAGAAGGCGCGUCGCGCCGCGGAGCUCGCGCGCGACGAGGCCGUGACUGAGUUGGAGACGCUGCGCAGAGACGGCACUGGUUCGUCAGAGACCACACGCCGACUACAGGCUGACCUCGAAGCCAAGGAGGAGGAGCUAGAAGAGCUCCAGACUGAGCUAGAUAUCGCUACCGACCGCGCGCGUCGUGCGGGUCUCGAGAAGAGCGAGGCCGAGUGUGCCUUGUCGCAGGAGAAGGACAACUUCGCCAAGGUCGAGCAGAAGCUGCAGACGCUGGAACGUGCCAACGCCGAAUUGCGCGACGAGGUCGAGAACGCGGAGCGCGAGGGUGACCGCAAGUACAAGUCCAAGGUGGUGCCGCUCCAAACGCGCUUGGCCUCCCUACAGACUGAGCUGGAGGGCGAGUCUCGCAAAGCGGCUGAGGCAGCGAACAAGUACAAGCGCUCGGACCGCAAGCUGAAGGAAACAAUGCGGCUGCUGGAAGACGCGGAGAAGGCCGCCAUUGAGCACAAGAGCAACUUCGACCGGUCCAACGCCAAGGCGCGCAAUAUGCAGGCCCAGAACGAGGAGCUGGAGAUGGAGGUAGGCUCACUCCGCACGAAGAACCGUCGCCAGGUAACGGAGAUCAACGAGGCCAAUGAGAUGGCUGAGCAGCUACGCUCACAGCUGCUGAGCACGCAGAGCCGCUUCGGUCGCACUGCGCGUGCGCGUGCACGCAGCAAGGGAUUGACGGAGGAUGACGCUGACAUGGAUGUCGACACUCCCUCGACCACCGAGAUCACUACCGCGGGCGAGGAGUAGAGUGAUACAUUGGGUUGGGGUUGGUGUUGGGUUUUGGUUUGGGUUGGGUUUGCGCGGGUGUUUGUCUGCGAGCGGUGGGCUUCUGUAGUAGUACUAUGGGAAGCUUUUAUACAAUAAAAAUAUGCAAUCCA